AUGAUAGUUGAAGCUCCCAGUUCUCCGCUGUCAAGUCGCUGUUCAUUCGCCUGCUGUAAGAAUCUUGAUAAGAAAGUUGUGACCGUGAUUACCAUGGCACAAUCUCUACUCAUCCUUAUUACAGGCUGGUAUUUUUUCUCAAUGACUUUGGCGCUUUAUAAUAAAUGGAUGUUUGACCCAAACAGAGGCAUGCAAAUUUCCUGUCCUAUAACAGUCACAGCGUUCCAUCAAUUCGUUUUAUGGGGUCUUUCGUACACGUUUGUAAGAUACAAGAGGUCGAAAAGGCUCGAAAACGCGUUGGAUAAGGAACCUCGCACUGAUUGGAAAUUUUGCCUAAAAUACACGGUACCAACCGCAAUUGCGAGCGCAGGAGACAUUGGCUUUGGCAAUGUCUCAUUCAAAUUUGUACCACUGACAAUCUAUACCAUAAUAAAAUCUGCAAGCAUUGCUUUUGUGUUGUUGUUUGGUUGCCUUUUUAAGCUUGAGAAAUUUCAUUGGAAGUUGGUAUUGAUCGUGCUCGUAAUGUGCUUAGGAGUUGUGAUGAUGGUGUUAUCACCAAGUAAGAACAAGGACGAGGAAACUGGAAUGCAAUCAACUGUUUUCUUUGGCUCAUCACUCGUCAUAGUGAGCAGCUGUCUAUCGGGAUUAAGAUGGGUUUUCACCCAGCUGAUACUCAGAUUUCAGGAAGUAGAGCAGGAUCAAGAGGUAGCACUUGGGAACGCAGAACAAGUAUUAUACGUCAAAAAUUCCAUUAGAACGAAACCGCAUGCAAUCUAUACAAUAUAUCAACUGGCACCGAUUAUGGGGGUAGUCCUUUUUGUCACAGGACUUAUCAUUGAGAGACCAUUCCCAGCCGUACUGAAAUCUCGCCUAUUCACUCUCCCGGAAGACUCCACACAGCGCAGCGCAUUAUCCGUACUUAAGGGAAUCGUGCUACUCCUCAUUCCCGGAAUCGAGGUGUUUUUCAUGACUAUAUGCGAAUUUGGGAUACUACAAGUAGCUCAUGUGUUAACGCUCUCGAUUGCCGGCAUCGUCAAGGAGCUACUCACCAUUUUCGUGAGCAUGUUGCUCCUGGGCGAAAGACUAAGUGGUAUUCGCAAUUGGUCUGGAAUGAUCAUCAUUUUGUUAGACGUGGCCUACUACAACUAUUUCAGAUACCAGCAAGAUAAGAAGCUUCUGGUGAAAAAUUACAGCGCCCUUCCGAACAUACUACAUGGUGCUGGCGAUGGUGCUCGCGACAGCAUGAAGGACGGCAGCGAGUAUGCAAGCGAACAAGAACUUGUACCACCUGUAGCUUCGCAGGACUAUGAGAUGGAUACAAUCUGA